AUGGUAACAAGAGAAUCAGUUAAUGAAAUGUUGGGAAUUCCAAUGAAUGGAAAAAGAAUUGAACAAAUUGGUUAUAGUGAUCAUUCAGAUACAUGGUAUAAUAAUUGGGCUAUACAAUUUGAUGAUGUUUCAAAUUUGAGAAUGACACAGUUACGAAAUUCAAUUGUGUCUACAUCAUUAGCUGACAUGAAUUUCAAAAUGAAUUUCAUAGUUCUGUUUGUGAAUACUGUUUGUGAAUCAAGUUCAAGUGGUGCAUGCAACAUUAACAUAUUAAAGCACAUAUCAAGUGGAACUGAUAUCAAAAGUAUUGAUUGGUGCUCAUAUGUUUUGGAUUGCCUCAUCAACACGAGUAAUUCAUUUGAACAUUACAAUGAUAAAAAAUACUUUUUCGGACCUUCUGCAUACCUGGUGUUGUUGUAUCUUGAUAGUAUUGAUUCUGAUGAAUUAAAGGUUGAGCGUACAAGACCAUUCAUUUGUUAUUGGAGCUCGGAAAAGAUAAAAUAUCGUGAAAAUCUGGAAAUGACUAUUGGAAGAUUUGGUUUUGGAGAUACAAAUCCUCCUUUUGUAACAGAAGAUUGUAAACAAUCUUUUGUUGAUUUUGGAAGUGAUUUUGAAUAUAAUGAAGAAUCAAUUGAAUGUAAUCUCGAGGAUUAUGAAAUUCAAAUACUGAAGCUUCUAGAUUGUGGAAGUUAUUGCAAGAGAAAGAUGAUUUUAUUAGUUGAUAAAGCAAUAUCAAAGUUUCCUGGCAUACAAAGUUUACAAGAAUUAAAAAGUAGAGUGCAAGAAUUUUUGGGACCGAGUGUUUCCACUUCGAAUGUCAAUAAUAAGAAUGAAAUUUCAGAAACAUAUAAAAUUGAUGAUGCUUUGUUUAAAAAAGAAGUUGUUGUCCAUGUUCAUUAUAAAGUUGUUAAAGAAGAAACAACUCAUGCUGAAAAAAAACAUAAUUUUGAAAAAUCAUUUUCAAUGUUUGAAGAAGGAUCUUCAUCAAAAGUUGAAGAAGGAACAUCAACAAUAAAUGAUAUGGAAAUUAAUUUUGGAGAAGAUGUAUCAGAUUCUCAAUUUUGGGACAAUGAAGAAAUUCAACAAGCUCUUCAAAGAGAUAUUGAAAUUCAAACAGAGAAUUUUAAAAAAGAUAUGUCCAACACAAAAUGUGAUUAUUUUGAUAAUGAUGAAGACUUUUGGAACAAUCCGAACUUUACAAAAUGGUUGAUUAUUCAGUUGAAAAAUUCAGAAUUUCAGAAUAGUCCUGUGUUAUCUCUGAUAUUGAGAAUACUGAAAGUUCAAAAGAUAGAUUCAUGGAAGAGAGUUUGA